AUUACUCAUUAUUUUGCAUUUUGCGGCAUAGUUGUGUCAAGUCGAAAAUUUGUCUUGAAAAUUUGUUGUGUAUUCUUUCGUUUUUGGUUUCUAAGCUUUUUUCCAUUAUUUUGACGGAUCUGGCACUUUGACAGCAUUCUCAAUUUAAAUUAAGCGGCACAUUACUUUCAAAUUUCAUAGGUGACUUGAUAAACAAUCAUUUUUGAACACAUUGUAGAUAAUGGUCAAUUUUUAAAUUUUUAAAAAUUUGUAUUUUAACAUAUUAUAUUUCUAACUUAGUACGCAUUGUGCCUACAAAGAUACCAAUAAGGAUAAAUAAAAUAAAACAUUCAUUGACAAGUAAAUUUGUUAAAAAAUGUAAAAUUCUUUUCGGUAUACCUAUACAGGGUGUUUCAAAAGUACCGGACAAACUCUCGAAUGGCGGUGAUAAGAUACGUUCAGUUAAACACAAAAAUAAAGUUAGAUUUUUGUUUCAAUCAACUUAGUUUUUAUUAAAUAUUUUUUAAAUUAGUUUUCCCUAGCAAUGAUAUCAAUUGCUGCUCUUUUGUUUUUAUGAUGUCCAAUUCAAUUUACUGUCAAAUUUACAAGUUUUUUUAAAUGUUUUGUAUAUCAUGAAAUAUUAAUUGGUAAUUUUUUUCAAAAGGUAUAUGUGUAAUGCACGAGUUGCAUUUUCGCUAACUAAUGUCAAAAAAUAUGAUCUGAUACACCAAACACAUAACUUAAAAAUUUUGCUUUGAAAAGCCAUAUCUCGUAAAAAAAAGCUCAAACAAUUUUUUGUCAUAAAAACUUUAAAUUUAGUUUAACGUUUAAUGACUUUAGUGUCCUUUAUCACCUCCUGAGACUUUGUCCGACACUUUUGAAUCACUCUGUAGUCUGUAAUUAAAUAAGCCUUUGAAUCAAAAUGUUUGGCAUAAGCUUGCAUUUUUGAUAUAAGUUACUGUAAAGAAUAUAAAAUCGUAGUCAAAGAAUUUUGUGUUUCAACCUCCGAGAAAAAGUUAAAAAAAUGAAAAUAAAGUGUUUGUGCAAGAAAUUUUUUAUGUUUCUUGGUUUACAUUUUAAACAGCUCAUGUACUGCGAAAAUAUUUUUUUAUACCAUUUGGUAUAAUUCAUUGGUGGACAUAAAAAACUAGGACAUCCAAAACUUACGUACUUUUGAAUUGUUAUUGAAGACCAAAAUUGAUACAAAUUUAAGACUAGCCGUUUGGGGCUCUUUAAAUCUAAAGGGAAGAUUAAUUGAUCAAAUCAAAUGUGCUAUUUUUAAUUUUUCUGAAAAUGUUAAACUGAUAUUUAACUUAAUGUUUUUGGCAAUAAUAUGUCAUUAUAGUUCAUUACUCAUUAAGAGCGGAUUUUACAAUCGUCGAAUAGCUUUAUCCGAGAGAUAAAUUUAAAAAAAUACAUUGUUCUAACAAUUGUACCCAUAGUAAUUAUACUAGAAACUUAUCUGGAGUUUAUCUGACGAUUGUAAAAUCUACCCUAAAUCAUUAGUCGGUACCUAUUAGCUGUUUCAAAACAAUAAAAACGCCAAUGUUGCAUUUUACCGAAUUAUUUUUUUAAAUAAAGUUGAUAAAAAUGUAAAAUAGUUAUUAAUAACUACAUCCUUCUUUGAAUCUGCAAAUUAUAUUGGCUAUUAAUUAUUUGAAGUGACGUUGCGACGUUAGCAUUUUUAUAGUUUUGAAACAGCUAAUACAUCAAAAUGUUUAUAACCUUAUUUUCUAAAAAAUAAUUUUUCUAGAAGUAACUUUUUUGUCUUUUACACUAAUUAUUCUUGUUCUCAACUUUGUUAUUGCAAAAAUUAUAGUUACUUCUUUUUUAAGUGAAUAAAACGUUGAAUUCAUUAACUUUCAACUCACCAUAAUAUUUUAAAAGUUGUACAUACUUAUCAGUUACUCAUAAUUUAACUCUCUGUUAAUCUUAAUAAUAUCAAAAAAGUUAAAAAAAACAUUUUUAUCUCCUCUACCUUCUUAUGUAAAAUCCCAAAAAAGUGACAAAAUUAAACUAAAUUACAAAAUUUUAAUACAUUCCAAAUGACUUUUUGACGUGACAUUAAUUAAUUUUUUUAUUAUUAACCAUUUUUACCUUCGAAAUAUUUGCAAAAGCGCUGACCACACCUCAGAGGAAAAUACGCUGCGAUUUCACCGCGAGUGCAUUUUGCAGUAAGAUUAAACUGCAGUAACUUGGUGAGUGUGUCAAUAAAUACCGAAAUGAUUCUUGCAUCAAACACUUAUUUAAAGCUUCAUUUCAUUAUGUAGGAGUAUAUCUUUUAAAAUGAAAAAACUUCCUCGCAUCUCGAAAAUUUCACCACACUAAUAUAAAAUAUGCAAAGUUUUUGCAAAAAAAUAAAACUUCUUGCUUCAUUAAGAACUUAAGAAGAAAGAUGCGAGGAUGUAAUUGCACACAUUAUGUCGAAUUUUAAGUUUUUAAGAAUUUUUUGCUAAAAUGUCUUUUUCAUGAUGAAGAUAAUUUCAAAUCCAAAAACAACCUUUAGAUUUGAAUUCAACAAAAAAUUUUACACAAAAUCAUGUGUUUAUGACGAUUUUUUAAAAUUCUACAUAUCAUCCUUUUACAGUUAACCACCCAUGCAACUAUAUUUAAGAGUUUCGUUAAUUUGAUAAUACCAAAAAAGUCAGGAGAAUAUUUUUAUGUAAAAUUUUAUGCUUUACAGUUUUUUUUCUAGCACUUGCCAAUUUUGAGCAACAUUUAAAAACACUUUAUUACCGAUUUCUCAAAAAAAUUUACACAAAAAAUUCUAUGACUCAUGCUUUACAUUUUACAGUAACAGUAACUAUGUGUUAAGUGAUGUUAAUUUUUUUCCCAACAAAAUGCUAAUGUCUGUUAUUCAGAUCUAGUAGUUUCAUAUGUCUUAAUUAAGAUUAUUUGAAAAGUAUAGUUUACUACUUUUUUCAUAUUCCGUUCAACAUGAAAUUGGUAUGCUAAUUUAUCUACGAUAAAUAGAUAGGUAUAACUGAAUUUUAAAAAGUACACAACUUUCUUACCUUUGAAUCGUGUUUCUUUCACGACAUAAAAUUUUACUGUAACCAAAUUUGAUUUUCAUGUCAAAAGCCCAUAAAUAAUUCAUUGUGAGCCUAACGGUGGUAUUGUAAUUAACAUUUAAUAAGCCGUUAGCUUUAAAUUUUUGGUUGUAGAACUCAAAUAGAAUUUUUAAACAAAAUGAUUUCUAAUUGGAAGCCACUUAUUAGUAAUCAUGAAAGAUUUAUUUGUUAAGUAUUCGAUAACAACUUCUUCAAAGCGACAAAAGAUGACUAAAGGAUUUUCAAUUUUUAAUUGAAUCAUUUGGAAAAUAUAAAAGGACAGUUUUUUCUCUGAUGUUACUUUGGUUGUCACAACCUCUGCUUAAACACUUACCUCAAAAUGAUGCGUAAUGAAGGUGAAACAAAUUACUUCCAAAUGUGUCUAACAUGUUACAAUUUGAGUGGCUUGCGAUCGUCAAGUAAACCAUUUCUGAAAAUUAUAUCGCAGUUUAUUUUGUAUCCCGUGAUGUGGGUUUUGUUUGGAAUGAUGACUUACAACAUCCGUUUCAAACAUAACAACCUUUCAGAAAUUACAGAAGUUUUUAUCGCCGUCUGCACCACCGCAUAUAUUCUACUUCGGAAGACUAUUUUAAUUAAAAACAGUGCUCUCUACGAAGACUUGAUAAAAGAACAGUCUCGUUUCUGGAAGUAUGACCUCUUUGGAGAACCAACUGAAUCAAAACUUCGUAAAAAUAUGCAAUUCUGCGUGUCUUUGAUCAAACUUAUUGUCAUAAGUGGAAUUAUGUCGACAGUAGUUCACUGCAGUUCACCAUUUCUUGUGGAAAAUAUUGACUUACCACAAUCGUGUUGGAUUCCUGGAAAUAAUUCGAUUGUCAAGAACAUUAUUUAUGUCGCAGAAAGCGCUAUUCAUAUAGAAUGCCUGAAUUAUUUGGCGGUUUUUGACGGUCUGUAUCUGCUAACAACUACAAAUCUUAAAGCACAGUUUGUGCUGUUACAAAAGGCAAUUGAAAGUAUUACAUUUAAAAGUGGCGAUGAGGAAACUUAUGCCUGGACGCAGCUAAAGGCAUGCAGUCAAUAUCACAUAUAUUUGUUAAGAAUACAUAAAAAAAUUAACAAAAUCUAUUCCGAAUUCUUUCUCUGUACUUACAUCCUCACAAUUUGGGGGACUUGUGUACCGUUGUUUGUAAUUUUCAACAACAUAUCAAACUUUGCUGAAGUUGUUGAAAGCAUGUUUAUCGCGUUUUUGAUAAAUGCGUUGCUCGUGAUGAUGUUUAUUCCUGCUAGUGAGAUUGAGAUUGAGGCUGAAAAACUGGCGUUGCAGAUUUAUUUCAUAAACUGGUACGAAACCAAGAAUUUAAAAAUUCGUAAGUUUAUUCUUUUUUGGCUGAUGCAAGCCCAGGUUCCCGUUCGCAUGACAGGUGGUGGAAUGUUGAUAAUAAACAGAUCUCUAAUGCUUCAAAUCCAGCGAAUCGGAUUUUCAUUAACGACUUUACUGACAGGUCUUACCACAUAAUUUUUUAAAUCUGAAACCUAUAUUUUCACCAUUUCAUUGUAGUUUGAAUAAAAUGUAGUAAAAGCUUUUAUUAUAGUUUUCUGUUUCUUUCUGAUAAAAUAUCAUUUGAUCAUU